AUGGCUUCACCACAGCUCCCGGCGACUAUGGAGAAGCUCCCCGGCGAUGUCUUAUCAAACAUAUUCAUUCGCUUAUUGGCAAAACAGCUUGGUCAGAUGAGGUGCAUCUCUAAAUCUUGGAAUGCUCUUUUAUCUCAAUCCUCGUUUAUAAAAUCUCACCUUCAUCGUUCUAUUCAUAACAAUGAUGAAAUUCUCAUGGUCUUUAACGCGGAAUUUCCUUCUGACUCUGAACCCACAGCACAACCUAAACCAUUCAUAGCGCACCCUUCUCGAUCUCCCGAUAUUGAACUCGCUGAUUUCAUCAAACUCCCCGUUAUUCCCCAUUCUGAACAUAAGUGCCUCUUUGCUAUUGGAUCUGUUCAUGGCUUAAUAUGCUUUUCUUAUGGAAGAUAUCCUGAUUCUGUUAUCUACAUUUGGAACCCUUCUCUCUCAGCCUUGUUAAGUCUCCCACCAUAUUCUAAGCCAUCCGAUGGUGAUUCUCCAUGGACCUUCUUGCGGUUUGGGUUUGAUCCCAGAACUGAUGAUUAUAAAGUGGUUAAAGUUAUAAGUCUUCUCCGACCACCAGGCAACAUCGCUCCGAUUUUUGCAAACUUUUUAUCUUUGACUUCUUGUGUUGUUGAAGAGUGGUUGCAUGUUGAGUUUAGUGCUGAUAUAAUUAUACCGUAUGGAUUCACAUCACACGGUGAGUUUCUUUUUCAAAUUAGAGACGUUGAAAAUGGAUCCACAUCACAGAAUGAGUUUUUUUAUGAUUAUUUGUAUGAUGGUCCUGCUAGUCUUCUAGCGUUGUAUGAUUCGAUUGCAUCCAAGGCUAAAGUAUUCAAGAUUUGUGCUGCAAAUGAUGACACAAAAUAUGUGGAGUAUGUAGACAGUCUUGUUUGGGUGGCACCUAUUGAGCGUGAGUUGAGCAUCUCUCGACUGCAGAUUUGA